AUGACAACACCAAUCCACCUCGUCUCCAAACACAACAACGCCCAAACCACCAUCGGCUACAUCGACGAACAAUCCGCCCUCGCCCCCCCUCUCGCCCCCUCCUCCGUCCGCGUGCGCACCCAACUCAUCUCCCCCUCCUCCAACAACCUCACCUACGCGCUCAACGGCGAUCGUUUCGGGUGGUGGUCCGCUUACCCCGUUCCCAUCGGCACUCAACUCCACUCCUCCUCCUCCUCCUCCUCCUCCUCCUCAGUACCCCAGGUAGAUGCCGAUAUCGACUUGAACAAAGAAUGGGGAAUAGUCCCAGCCUGGGGCUACGCCCUCGUCCUCUCCUCCACCCACCCUCUUAUCCCCUUCGGCUCUUUACUCUGGGGCUUCUGGCCCACCUCUGCCCACUCCUUCGACCUCACCUUGUCCUCCUCCUUCCCCGAAGCGGAAAACCAACAACCAGAGACGCACUUCCGCGAAACCUCUCCCCACAGGGAAAAGCUGAUGGCCAUGUAUAACCGGUACAUCCUCGCCCCCUCCUCCCCUUCGUCGCAAAUUGACCUAGACAGCGACCUUGCCGCGCAAACAGUCCUCUCCCGCUUCGAAUGUGGCGUCUUGCUGGAGAAAUAUACCCUCCACCGCCAGCGUUUCACGCACCCCCUCGGUUUGCCGGCGGGCGCACCGGCUGAUACCAUCCCUGGCGUGCCUGCCUGGGGUCAGAGGGACGCAGAUUUGAGGAAAGCGGUGGUGAUUAGUUUGUCGGCUGGUACCAAGACGGCCAGGAGUUUUGCGUGGAUGUUAGCUCGUGAAAGGAGUGAGAGGGGGGAGUUGGAGAGUGAAGGGCCGUUGGGACUGGUGCAGGUUACUAGUGUCCCUGGGACGUUGGCUAACUUUAGUGAUGGUGAGGGGGAGGGGAAAACGAAGUUGAAGAUUAAGAAUGUGGGGUAUGGAGGGGAGGAGUUAAGGGCGGUGGUGGAGUGGGUUAAAGGACUAGAGGGCGUGGAGAGGGUGGUGAUGGUGGAUUUUGGAGCGGCGAAGGAGGUUACGGAGAUGUUGGUGCAGGGCUUGAAAGAAGAGGAGGGGGGUGGUUCGGGAAAGAAACUGGAGGUGUUGGUGUUGGCGGUUGGGAAUGAGUCCAGGUGUACUCGGGUGAGGAGAUCCAGGCAAGGUGGACAGGCGCUGGGGAAGGUGCAGUUUAACACGAGCGGGGUACGGGAUAGGGCGGCGGAGGUGGAGGGCGCCACAGCUUACUUUGAGGGGGUGGAUGAGGCUUGGAAGCGAUGCUAUACCGAGACGGGAUUGGGCGAGGUCCGGUUGGAACGGUAUCGUGGUGUUGAGGGGGUCAAUGGCAUUGAGGGCGCGUGGAAAGCACUCUGUGGGCAGAAAUUGGCACCCAAUGCUGGGAUUGUGGUCAGGUUGUCAUCUUCCUGA